ACUAACGGGGCCGGUGUUUACUGAUAGCGGCCCUGGUCUGCACCAGCCUCCGGGGUAUCUGAGCGGUGGGCGCAUCGCCCCCGGCGGCUGUCCUCCGUGAUGGACGCGCGUAUCGACUCGUCCGGCCGCCGCGACGGAGCCGCGCAGGCGUCCGGCCCCUGGAGCAACAACGAUCACAACAACGGCAGGAAACUGCCCAAGAAGCCGCGCGCCAGAAGGGGCAAAAGAGGUCGAAGGAGAAGGAGUAAAAAGACGCGGGGCGGCAAAUCACCGCCGCCGUUUUUACCCCCGGAGGCCGAAGAAGGAAACAUCGAGUAUAAGCUGAAGUUGGUGAACCCAACUCAGUAUCGGUUCGAGCACCUGGCCACGCAGCUGAAAUGGCGCCUGCAGGAGGGCCGGGGGGAAGCCGUCUAUCAGAUCGGCGUGGAGGACAAUGGGCUUCUGGUUGGUCUGACCGAGGCGGAUAUGAAGGCUUCUCUGAAGACGUUGCACAGGAUGGCCGAGAAGGUCGGCGCUGACAUCACCCUUCUCAGAGAGAGAGAGGUGGACUACGACUUAGACCGGAACUGCCGCAAAAUUGCAGAAGUUCUGGUUCGCAAAGUGCCAGACGACCAGCAGUUCUUGGACCUGCGCGUGGCGGUUCUGGGGAACGUUGAUGCGGGCAAGUCCACCUUGCUGGGUGUCCUCACACAGGGGGAGCUGGACAACGGCCGCGGCCGCGCUCGCCUCAACCUCUUCAGGCACCUCCACGAGAUCCAGACGGGCCGAACCUCCAGCAUCAGCUUCGAAAUCCUGGGUUUCAACAGCAAGGGAGAGGUCGUGAACUACAGUGAGUCGCGCACGGCGGAGGAGAUCUGCGAGAGCUCCUCCAAGAUGAUCACCUUCAUCGACCUGGCCGGUCAUCAUAAGUACCUUAAGACCACCAUCUUCGGUCUGACCAGCUACUGCCCUGACUUUGCCAUGCUGGUGGUCAGUGCCAAUACGGGAAUAGCCGGUACCACACGGGAGCACUUGGGUCUGGCCAUGGCUCUGAAGGUUCCCAUCUUCAUCGUGGUCAGCAAGGUGGACCUGUGCGCCCGUGGCACUGUGGAGCGGACCGUGCGGCAGUUGGAGCGGAUUCUGAAGCAGCCAGGCUGCAACAAGGUGCCCAUGGUGGUCUGCACACCCGAUGAUGCCGUCACCGCCGCCCAGCAGUUCACACAGUCUGCAAGUAUCACUCCCAUUUUCAGCGUGUCCAGUGUGUCUGGGGAGAGUUUGGAUCUUCUCAAGGUCUUCCUCAACAUCCUUCCUCCUUUGAGCAACAGCAAGGAACAGGAAGAACUGAUGCAGCAACUCACUGAGUUCCAGGUGGAUGAGAUCUACUCUGUUCCUGACGUAGGGACCGUGGUGGGAGGCACGCUCUACAGCGGUGUGUGUCGUGAGGGAGAGCGGCUGGUGGUCGGCCCAACUGACGAGGGCCGUUUCCUGCGUCUGAAGGUGGGGAGCAUCCAGAGGAACCGCUCGGCCUGCAGGGUGCUGAGGGCGGGCCAGGCCGCCACCCUCGCCCUGGGAAACUUUGACCGCUCGCUGCUCCGCAAGGGUAUGGUGAUGGUGAGCCCCAAGAUGAACCCGACCAUCUGCUGUCAGUUUGAGGCAGCCAUCGUCCUCCUCUUCCACGCCAAGACCUUCCGCCGCGGGUCACAGGUCACCGUGCAUGUCGGCAACGUUCGGCAGACGGCCACCGUAGAGUGCCUUCACGGCAAGGUGGAGCUCCGUACAGGGGAGAGAGCUGUAGUUCGAUUCCGCUUCAUCAAACACCCAGAGUACCUCCGCCUGGGUGCCAAGCUGCUCUUCAGGGAGGGCGUGACCAAAGGCAUUGGCCAUGUUACCCGCCUCCUCCCUACUGCGUCGCAGAACCACGACCAGAACCACAACCAGAACCUGCAGGACCACUGAAGACAGGGGGUUAUGUGCGAUGGGAUGUCAUCAGUGUGGACUGAGUUUCUUCUCCUGCCGCGUGUUCACGUCCACCUACAUCCGUCCUGUUUCUACUGUUGUACAUCCUCACCAACCUCCGCAUCACAACUCCCCAAACCCGCCACUCCUAUCAUUCCUGCCCAGCGACAGCUCCGUGCACGUGAGACAAUUAAGUCCGGAGCUGGUCUAAAGGCGGCUAACGUCUGAGGGGGCAGAUGUUGACUUUAAGCUGAUGGUUUGACACGAGAGGCUCCACUCUGUCGACAUCUCCGUCAGUAAGACUCCAACGAGGAUUACUUUGAGGGAUUUGAAGGACAGGUUUAGUUAAGUCAGACUGCUCAAGUCUGCUGCUCCCACAUGGAUCCCUGCUGGAGGGACCGAAGCUGGGAGAUCUGUAUGAGGGUUUAACCUUCGCACAACUCUACCUGUCCAAACUGAAUGAGCCAGGAGGAUGGUUUGACAUCCAGGAGUUUAGCUUAGAUCGAUACCACGUUAAGGCUACUCAGCAGAAAUGUAAACAUCGGCAGAAUGGUGGAUUAGUGGUCAAAGAAAUAUCACUGAAAAUAAGAAGUUGGAUGACAAACAGGCAAUUUGCAGUCGUGUGUUGACUGACUCAUAGAAGCCAUCAGAAGAGUUAUGAUUUUUUUCUCCCAACAGAUUUUUUUUUUAAUACAUACCCACAUCCAGCUUCCCACCUGCAGAGACGGCCAAUUGUGUCUGUAGGGACACCCAACCAAGCCAGAGGUAACACGGGGAUUUGAACUGGUGCCCCCUGUGUUGUCAGGCAAUGGAAUAGACCGCUACGCUACCCGGAUGCCCCCCAGCAGAUGUUUUAGAGGAGAUCAACUCUGUUAACAGUUUUACAGCCGUGUCGCUGACAGAGUGUGACUGAAUGUGACUGAACAGGGAGAAGCAUUUGUGUCCUGCACAAGGGCACUUCCAUAUAACACUUGGUCAUGUUGGGGCUUGAACAUGUGACCUUCUGGCAACAAGCCGGUGACCACGGCAAUCAGCAAGCUACCCUGCCACUGUGACCUUUGACCUAACACCUAACUUUUCACUAUGUAUAACCCAUCUCCAUGGUUUUAGGUCAGAGCUCUCAGAAGGAGGGUCAGGAUUUAGGGGCCGAGUCUAAAACCCUGAAACCACCAGCUCAUUCCAUUUUAUUGUUUUCUUUGCACUUUAUUUAGAAUUAGGUCAGUUCUGAAUCAGCUACCAAAUGACCCAAUGUAGAAAGGAGCAGAAGAGAGUGUUUGAUUAUUUGUGUAUAAUUAUGGGUGUAUAAUUAUUUGUCUGCGGCAAAACAUUUUAGCUUGAAAAUUAAUUUCUCGGGGCGAUUCCACCCUGUGGACCCACCAUCCACGGGGAUGAGCAUUGGGGUAGGGUGCAAUCCAGGCCGGGCGGCAAGCAAAGGUGGGGACGGGACAUGCCGACUUCCGGCAUCGCACACUGGUCCUUGGGACUUGGAAUAUCACCUCUCUGGUGGUGAAGGAGCCUGAGCUGGUGAGGGAGGUGGAGCAGUACCAACUAGAUAUAGUUAGGCUCACCUCCACACAUAGCAUGGGCUCUGGUACCAAAUUUCUGGAGAGGGGCUGGACUCUUUACUUUUCCAGAGUUGGCCAAGGUGGCAGUUGCUGGGCGGGUGUGGGGAUACUCACAAGUCCCCAGCUGAGCACCACCGUAUUGGAGUUCUCCCGGGGAAUGAGAGGGUCGCCUCUAUACGACUGUGAGUGACUGGGGGGAAGGCUCUGACUGUGUGCUUUUGCACCGAAGAGGCAGUUUUGAGUAUCCGGCCUUCUUGGAGUCUCUGGGUAGGUGGUGUCCUGGUUAGGGUUCUGCCUGGGGACUCUAUAGUUCUACUGGGGGACUUUAACGCUCACGUGGGGAAUGAUGGAGAACCCCGGCAGGGCAUGAUUGGGAAGAACGGCCUCCCCGAUUGGAACCCGAGUGGUGCCUUGUUAGUGGACUUCUGUGCGAGUCAUGGAUUGGCCAUAACAAACACCAUGUUCGAACAUAAGGUAGUUCAUAAGUGUACUUGGUACCAGAACACCUUAGGCCGAAGAUCCAUGAUAGACUUUGUGGUCGUAUCAUCAGACCUGCGGCCGUAUGUUUUGGACUCUUGGGUGAAGAGAGGAGCAGAGCUGUCAACUGAUCACCACCUGGUGGUGAGUUGGAUCAGAUGGCGGGGAAGGUUGCCGGACAGACCUGGCAAACCCAAACCCAAAGGGUGAACUGGGAAUGUCUGGCGGAAGCCCCUGUCCGUGAGGUCUUCAACUCCCACCUCCAGAAGAAGUUCUUGUGUAUCCCGAGGGAGGCUGGGGACAUGGAGUCUGAGUGGGCCAUGUUCAAAGCCUUUAUUGCAGAUGUGGCAGAUAGGAGCUGUGGUCAUAAGGUCAUCAGUGCCUGUCGAGGUGGCAGCCUAAGAACCUGGCUGAAGAAGGAGGCCUUUCAGGCUUGGUUGGCCCAGGGGUCUCCUGAAGCAGCAGACAGGUACUGGGAGGCCAGAAGGGCUGCAGCUUCAGUGGUCAUGGAAGCAAAAACUCAGUUGUGGGAGGAGAUUAGGAGAUUGGCGAGGCUAUGGAGGAGGACUUUCGGUUGGCCUCAAGGAAGUUCUUGCAAACCAUCUGGCGACUCAGGAAGGGGAACCAGGGCUUGACUCAGGCUGUGUUCAGCCGGGGAGGGGAACCGUUGACCCGGACUGGGGAUGUCGUCGGGCGGUGGAAAGAACACUUUGAGGAGCUCCUGAACCCGGCUAACACGUCAUCAGUGGAGGAGGUAGAGUCUGAAGACUCGGGGGAAGCCCCACCCAUAUCCCUGGCAAAGGUUUCUGAAGUAGUUAAGAAGCUCCUCGGUGGCAAGGCACCAGGUGUGGAUGAGAGUCGCCCCUGAGAUGCUGAAGGCUCUAGACAGUGUUGGGCUAUCUUGGUUGACACGCCUCUUCAGUGUCGCGUGGAGGUUGGGGACAGUACCUGUGGAGUGGCAGACUGGGGUGGUGGUUCCCAUAUUUAAAAAAGGGGACCAGAGGGUGUGCUCCAAUUAUCAGGGCAUCACACUGCUCAGCCUCCCUGGGAAAGUCUGCUCUAGAGUGCUGGAAAGGAGGCUCUGACCGAUUGUCGAACCUCGGAUCCAGGAGGAACAAUGCAGAUUCUGUC